AUGUCUCAAGAUUCACUUUACGCUAGAUAUAAACACGGCAAUUCCGUAUCCACUCCACCAACAUCAGCAUGGUCCUUAAGUGGAAUAGGAUCUGUUCCAGCUCCAUACCCGUUGUCAUUCAAAACUGAAGUGGCUGACAAGGUUAGAGAGGAAGAAAAGUACAACAAGACUGGCCUAGUUGGAAGGAAGAAAAUGGCUCCUACUGAGGACAUAUUAACUUCCUAUCGUGAAACUUCAAGUAAUGUUAUUCGGUCUCCUAGUUCUUCUACCAAACAAAUGUCAAUCUUGGCACAAACAACUCCUGUAAAAAAAGCUAAAACACAACCAUUGAAGUUGGAUUCAACCCCUCCGAUUGAUUCAAAGCCAACGCCUCGCCCAUCAAAGUUACCAGGACAAACUUCAUUUUAUGGGUACGAACCAUACUCUGCUGAAGUUCCAUCGUUUCGAUCUGGACACCUAAUUGGUUCGGGCUUUGAUGGGUUGAAACGUUCGGCUCAAGUUACGAUUUCACAAUUCGACGAUAAUGUUUAUAUCAAGGAGGAUCCAUCAAUUGCAACAACUUUUGAUCCCGAAAAAGACAAAUCAUUGUAUGAUACUGCCGUGGGACUUUAUCGGCAAUUCACCAAUACAGAUAUCUUAGAUUCUAUAUUAUUGUUAUAUACACGUUCUAAUAAAGGAUAUUAUUUUAGGGCUAUCAAGAACAUUGUAAAUGCAAAAUCAAUAGUGCAAUCUUCAUUGCACACACGAAAACCAUUGUUUUGGCAUGGAUACGUAUGGUUUUUUUUCUUUCUAUACGUUAUAUGGCUAUCUAUAUAUCUUAAUGCUUAUGAAGAGUAUUUCAAAUCGGAAGAAUGGACAUUUUUGACACUUACGAGUUUGAUAACAAUGAAUGCGUUAAUAUUUCUGAGUUGCCAGUGGAGUACUCGGGCAAAAGCUUUCUUUACAUGUAAAAAGCAAAGUGAUAUCAAGUUUGCCCAAGUUAUCAAAAUUAUUCCUGCACUGCAUAAAGGGAAAGGUGAAUUAUGUGACCUACAUCACAGGGACGGAGAAAUUUCAUUUUUUUACCAAAAGAAAAAAUACGUGUGGGAUUUUGAUAAAAAGAUGUUUAACAAAUUACGUUAUCCCGCCGAUCAGAAUCCUGUUGUUUCAAUUUUUCAGAAUGCUAAAGGUCUCGAGACUGUAAAUGAAAUUAAAUCAGUUCAAGAAACAUAUGGGUUUAACAGGUUCGAUAUUCCGGUACCAACAUUUCGAGAAUUGUUCAAGGAACACGCGGUUGCUCCUUUCUUUGUUUUCCAAUUAUUUUGUGUUGGUCUCUGGAUUAUGGAUGAAUAUUGGUAUUACUCAUUAUUUACGCUAUUCAUGCUUGUAGUGUUUGAAUCAACUAGAUUGAAGACACUAGCCGAAUUUCGAUCAAUGUCAUUCAAACCUUUUCAAAUUCAUGUAAGGAGAAAAGGUCGUUGGGUGACCGUUAAUUCGGACGAGUUACUGCCUGGUGAUCUGGUUUCUAUAGUACGUUCUAAGGAAGAUAAUGGUGUUCCUUGUGAUAUGGUUCUUGUGAAUGGUACUUGUAUAGUUGAUGAGGCCAUGUUAACUGGAGAAUCAACACCAUCAUUGAAGGAAUCAAUACAUCUUCGUGACGGCAACGAUGUGAUUGACACUAGCGGCAUUGUAAACAAAUAUAGUCAAUUAUUUGGUGGUACAAAAGUUCUUCAAAUUACCCCUCCUUCUAAAGAAGAGACGACGUUAUCUCCUCCGGAUAAUGGAUGUAUUGCUUAUGUUAUCCGUACUGGAUUCGGAACUGUGCAGGGUAAACUCGUGCGUACAAUGGUUUACAGCACGGGACAUGUAUCUGCAAACAAUCUUGAAUCCUUCUUCUUUAUUAUAUUUUUGUUGAUCUUCGCUAUUUCCGCAGCUGGAUAUGUUUGGGUUAAGGGUGUCGAAAAUGAUCGCAAGAGAUCAAAGUUAUUACUUGAUUGUAUUUUAAUUAUAACAUCAGUCGUUCCACCAGAAUUGCCCAUGGAACUUUCCUUAGCCGUUAACACCUCUCUGGUUGCAUUAUCUAAGUUUGCUAUUUAUUGCACUGAACCAUUUAGAAUUCCUUAUGCUGGAAAAGUUGAUGUGUGCGCGUUCGACAAAACUGGUACCUUAACAAGAGCUAAUCUCGUGGUCGAAGGCGUUGCUGGUAUCCAGUAUGUAGAUCAUUCGUGCAAGAAACCUUUUAUUAUGUUCAGUUAA